GAAAUCUUCAGCUGUUCCUCUCUCCCAUCGCCUCUGCUUCCAUUACCAAGUGGUGUGACUAAGUGUGAAUUUCUUCGUGAACGUCGAAGACAUUUGUGCGCUUGUUUUAUCGAAGAAUCUCGAUUGCAUUGGAUAUCAAUAGUUGCUGAGAGUUUCGAUUCCGGAUUCAUCAUGCAAAUCUUUGUGAAAACUCUUACUGGAAAAACAAUCACUCUUGAGGUGGAAGCUUCUGACACAAUAGAAAAUGUAAAAGCUAAAAUUCAGGACAAAGAAGGUAUUCCCCCAGAUCAGCAACGUCUGAUCUUUGCUGGAAAGCAGUUGGAAGAUGGCAGAACUCUUUCUGACUACAACAUCCAGAAAGAAUCAACACUCCAUUUAGUACUGCGUCUUCGAGGAGGAAUGCAGAUCUUUGUGAAGACUCUCACAGGCAAAACCAUCACUCUCGAAGUCGAAGCUUCAGACACUAUAGAAAAUGUAAAAGCUAAGAUUCAAGACAAAGAAGGCAUUCCACCCGAUCAGCAGCGUUUAAUCUUUGCUGGCAAACAACUGGAAGACGGCAGAACUCUUUCCGAUUACAACAUUCAAAAAGAAUCCACACUUCACUUAGUUUUACGACUUCGUGGAGGAAUGCAGAUCUUCGUCAAGACACUCACAGGAAAAACCAUCACCCUUGAAGUUGAGGCUUCGGAUACCAUAGAAAACGUCAAAGCCAAAAUUCAGGACAAAGAGGGCAUUCCACCUGAUCAACAGCGUUUAAUCUUUGCUGGCAAACAGCUGGAAGACGGCAGAACUCUUUCCGAUUACAACAUUCAAAAGGAAUCCACACUUCACUUAGUUUUACGACUUCGUGGAGGUGAAUUCUGUUAAGUUGGAAAUCUACAAAAACAUCGGUAGUCGCAAAUUAAAUAGUACUGGUAGUAUCGAAGUAGCAUUGACCAUCCUUUUUUUUUUAUUUAUGCUUCAAAUGGAUAUUGCUCAUAAUUUUAUUUUUAAAAAUAUAAUUGUUCACCUCAAUGUAUGACAAGAAUGUAAGAAACUAAUCCAGAUAAAUAUACGCAAUGGACGCAUUCUUGUAAAAUAAAUAUUAAAUUGCAUUCCAAGUUAA